GUGGACGCUAAAUAAUGUAAACAAAAUAUAACACGGUUCAAAACAAUUGAUUAAAUACGGUCGAAAAUACCAAGUGAACAGAAUUAUGUUCUAAAUAAAUAUUUAAUUCUAAACCAAGAUGGAUAAAGCAUAGUAUUGUAAAGCAGAGUAACAAUCAAGAUAUAAAUUGCAACCCUGCUGUCAACGUAUUUUUCCGUUUCACUUUGUUUUGUCAGUAACAGCUGUUCAACUGCAAUUGAGAAUUCCUUGAUUAAAAACAAAAAAAAAAACUGUUGCAGAUCUCUGGUUGCAGCGUACAUAAUGGAUCAAUUUGAUAGUGAAAGCUACUGGAAUCGUUCGUCGAGCAGAGGGUUCAGUUUCGACGAUGAUGAGGAUGUUCAAGGUGUAACUGCUGCUGGCAGUAAUGUGAAUGUGAACAAUAUACUUAAUGACUACGAUACGAUCUCAGAGGCGAGCUUCGACAAUAGCGCUGCAGGCAGUGCACUUAAUCUGUCAAUAAAAUCUGUAAUCUCUGAGGAAGCAUUAAAAAUGCUAAUCCAAGAACAAACACUUGAUGACCGUAUAAUGUCGAAGGGUGUUGCGCCGGAAGAGGAGUUGCGUUUGCUACGCAGGCAAAUACAAACCACUUUUUACAAUCCCUCACCAGAAGCCACCGCGUAUAAACUAUUGCUUGGCAAAUGUGCGUCUUUGGAAGUAUUUAAAUCUAUGCACGAAAAAGAGCAAUUGUUAGAUGCAGUGCUGAAGUGUGGCGGCGGUGAUGCCGUUAUAGGUGUGCUACUUUUCUUAAAAAAGACAUUAAAUCACAAAAAUUUUCUCAAAAUUCUCGAACAAAGACCACAAGCCUUGCAAAGCUAUAUUGGCUAUCUGCAGCAGCGACAGAGCCAAGAAGCUGUCGAAGUGCUACAACACUUUGGCAAACAUCAAGAAGCAUCAUUAAUACAAUUUAAAUCUGCUAUGACCUGUAAUAAUCUGCAACAACGCAAACAAAAAUUGUUACAACUACUCGAUCAAUAUAGCGGUGACAUGGGUGUGGUGAGCGUCUAUUUACCACACUUUGAAGCAGCAUUAAAGCUGCUUGAGCUGAUCGAGAAAGAGCGAAAUACAUUGGACAAUCUGGUGGAUAUAAACUCAACCCCCAUUGAGGUGCUAUAUCAAUGCUGCCGUAAGCACAGCAACUGGAAGGAACAGGAUUUGACACGAGCUACAUCACCUUUUCGUCUGAGUGCCGAUCUCCAUAUUUCACCAGCGCAAUUCGAAUGGACUGCUUUGAAUGAACGCGCAAAUGCGCAGGCCUACGCUGAUUUGGAGAGUGUUUUCGAACGUGUGCCUGCUUGGCUACCGCUGAAACAGAAACAAUUUCACAUAAGUUUCUCAUUAGAAUUGGCAGUGCUUCGUCUAUAUGCGUUGCAAGCGCCCACGAGCGUGCUGUACAUGUUCCUAUCGAAGAUGAGUAAUACGACGGAAAAAUUGGAGCUAGCUAAGCGUGUUAAGUGCGUGCGUGCGGUUGUCGAUGCUUUAGCUGGCAUGAAGGAUGCAAAUCAAUUGACGCAACUAAAAGACAGUUUGCCGGAGCGUUCAGAGGAGCAAUUCUAUUGUGAAAAAGCGUUGAAAACGCUGCAAACAAAGCGUUGGACCACGGAUAAUAUUAAGUUGAAAUUAUAGUGCGGAGUAAUAUUUAUUUGUGUAUGAUUUGAAUCUCGGACAACUGCACAUGGUUUUUAAAAAAUUAUUACCAGCGAUAUAUUAAUAAGCGUAAAUAUAUAUUUUUGUUCAAUGCAAUUAAGUUGAAAAAAAAAAUAUUUGAAAAGGUAUGCACAACUAUUUUUUACGAAAUUCAUUUUAUUAUUUAGGAAAAAACGUUUAUUUUUUAUUUAAAUUUCUUGAUAUUACUAUAUUUUAUGAUGUUUAUGGUAUGUUUUAUGUCUGUACUUGUUUAUUCGCAAAUUCUUUGCUGAACUCCUACAGUUUUAAUCGCAUGUUUUUCUAUUUUUUGUAACUGGAAAUUUCCAAGAUCACAAGCUGUCAACGUACAAAACCGUUGUGUUUAUGGAUGUGUACAGAUUUGGUUAUGUUUUGUUUUGUCUUUUUUUUUAGUUACUGUACUUAUGACUGUAUUAUUGUUUCAAUUUGAAUUUUUAUACAUUAUUUUAUAUGCAAAUUAUUAACUAAAUGAUCAUUUGUGUAAAAAAUGUAAAGCAGUUUUAUUUUUGCAAAAUAUUUUAGGCAAAAAAAUGUGAAAUUUAUACGUUGAAAAACGUUCACUAAAGCAAUGCAAGUUUGACUAUAUAGUUACUACAAGUUUUUUACUUUUUCUCUUUUGUAUUAUAUUUUAAUUUAUUAUUUGCUAGGCGCGUUAAGCGUAAAGCACAAGUCGCUAGACAAAGCGAACUUAGAAACUAACUUAAAUUUUCAAUUUAAAGUUGCAUUUACCAAUUUUUAUUUACUUUUCACUAACGGUAUAUAUUUAACUAUGUGCUUCAGAAAGUAAUUGGUUAUUUAUCUACUUGGUAUUUUUCUUUGAAAUACCUCAGAUUUGAGUUUUUGAAAUUGUGUAUGUUGAUAAUAUUUAGUGGGUGCCUUAUACAUGUCUAUGUAGUUGUAUGUAUAUGUAUUAUUUAAAAUAGCGGAAGUAAAAAUAGGUGAAAAAGGAGAUUUUUACAUAUAAUAAAAUGGAAUAUACAUAAACGCGGAAGGAAAAUUUCUUAUGAAAAAUUUGGAAAAUAAACCAAGAAAUAAAAUUUUACGGAAAUACAGCUUUGAGUUAAGCUAAAAAGUUAAUGACAGAGGACCUCUAGAUAUUAAGCGUUCGACAAUUGAGAGAUUUGUUACUAAAAAUUUUAGUUUACUAAUAAAAAAUAUUUCAAAAUAUAAAAACAUACUAAACUUGAGAAUUAAGGGUUGCGGAUUUUGAAAUAAAAAAAAUUUGGAUUAAUAAUUAGAUUUGGAAUUGAAACUUUUUUUU